AUGUCUUGGAUAGGAGGUAGCCUGUCCAAUAUCACCGGUCAAAUCUCGAAUUUUACUAAAGAAGUCCUGACUGAGGGAACGGAAGAAAUUGACGACCAUGUGACAGAACUAUCAGUUGCUAAGGAGAGAAUAGUAGCCCUUGACGGCCAUAUAGAAAGUCAGCGUGCGGAGAUCCAGAGACUGAAGAAGGCGAACACAGAUUUGGAAGUUCAGCUAGAAUCUUCUGAAUUACACGCUAAUAGCCUUAGUGUAGAAUACAGGGGUCAAAUUCAGCAGAAAGAUAAUGAAAUCAAGGCAUUAAAGCAGAAAGAGUUAGAAUGGCUGGACAUCCAAAAGACUGACGCAGUCCAAAGAGAUGUAUCUCAUUCAACCCUACCCCCAUCACAGUCAGCCCCGAAUUUCUCAAGUCUUUCGCAUACGGGUUUUGACGAAGAUGAGUCGGGCCUGAGCGACGCAUUAGCGCUGCAACAGGAAGUGAAUCGUCUCCACGCGCAGGUUCGCAAACUACAAGUUGAAAACAACCACUGGAGGCAAGAAGCCAACAAGACCCAGGCACCUGGCAAUGAAGGCACAAUAUCACACUAUGAGGAGUUGCAGUCAUUACAGGCAGAAAUCAAGGAAUUACGAGAGAAGUUACACCAUGAGGUUGAAGAGCAUCAACAGGAGAUUGCUGCUCUGCAUGAACUACAGCGUCAGAAAGUGUCCACUCUCAAAGCAAGACAUAAAACCCAAAUCACUGAACUGGAGGAGAGGCUUAGUGAAACACAGGAUUCAGAUGAUGGGCCAUCUAAUGAACUCCAAGAGAUGUAUAAGCAAUUGCAAACCAGCCAAGCUUCUGUGCAAGAGCUCCAAAACACGAUCGAUCGCCAGAAUAAAGAAAAAUCCAUUCUGAAAGAUGAGCUCUUGAAAAAUUCUGAGAGUUUGAAAUUAGCCAAGGAGUCCAUUGCUGAGUUUGAAACAACCAAGGGGUCCUACAAUGAGAAGAUUCAACAUUUAGAAAUGUUGUUAGAUUUCCGUAAGGAUGAGGGUAGCACUGCCAGCAAUAGCAAAGAAGAUUCAAAUAUCCAGGCAGAUCACGAUGUUCAAAACCGACUACUUUCUGCGCAAGUCAAAGAGUUGCAAAGUCGUAUUCAAAAUUACGAGGAUGAAAUCGAACAGUUUGAAUUGGUGCGAGCUGAUUGGACGAGUGAAAAAGAAGCAAUGGAAAAUAUUUUAAUGAAGUUAAAAUCGGAACUUCAGGAAAAAGAUAUGUCCUUGUUGCUACUACAGGCUAAAACAGGCUUAGAUGAGGAGGAAGGCAAGGUGGAACAGCAGGAUGCUGACAGCCAAUCAACUGACUCGGACAGCAAGAACAAGGCCACUGUUGAGAUUGAAGACCUGAAAAAGAGGAAUGAAGAACUAGAAGCAAGCCUUUCUGAGAUACAAAAUAACUCACAGUACAGCAGUGAAGAUGUGGAUGCACUUGAGCGCAGUCUACAUGAGGCUGAGAGCAAAGCUACAGGAUUGAAAGAAGAGAAUGAACAGCUGGUACAAAGCCUAGAGGAACUGGACCAACAACAUGAAGUGGCUGUUACUCAAAUAAUCACAGCCAGAGACCAACUUCAAGUGCAACUAAAGUCCAUUCAGUCGAUGAACCAGGGACUGCAGGAACAGAUGGAUGCCUUAAACAGUCAAGUCCUUAGCAAGAAUGAAGAGAUCAAAGAGCUAGAAAAGGACCUUCGUGAUGAACUUGACCAGAAGCUUCAGGAGUUAGAAGAUACCCAGGAGGAACUGAACCGAUCGGUGAGCAAGAAUUCGACUGCUGAACAAGCCUUAAACAAUAUGAGAAAACAUGCUGAGGAGCGGGAACGUAAUGUGACAAACCUACAGAAACAACUGAGAUCGAUGGUGCAGGAGAAAGAACAGUUAAAGCAAAGAGUAGAACAGCUCCAGAAACAUGUCACACCUCAUCAAGAGAUGAACUUCGAAGACCCUCAACAAUUUGGCCAACAGAUGGCAACUGAGGCACUCCGUGAUCAGGUCUCGAUGCUUGAGGAUGAUAAACAGCGUCUUCAAGAUAAACUCGACGAUUUACUGAGUCAGUUAAUGCGACAGAGACAGCACGAAAAUAACAAUGAGGAGGAAAUCAUUCUCCUCCAGGAGGCUUUCGAUGCCCAAGCUGUUGAACUAACAACCACACAAAACGACAAUGAAAAACUCACCAAGGAGAUGGAAGAACUGACAGCUAAAGUUAAGACUAAAGAGUUUGAGUUGCAGGUUGCUAACAAAGCAAGGAAUGACUUGGCUACACAGGUACAAGCUUUGCUUACUAAGACUGAAUCAAAUGAGUUACAAACGCAGAAUGAAGACGACACUGUUAAAGCAAAGCUUGCUGAGGUUAUCCAAUUAAACCAAGAGCUUGAAAAUGAAAUUACAACCCAGAAGCAAGUUGUAGCCGAGUACCAAUCACAAAUUGAGGCCAAGGACAAAGAAAUGGGAAAUAUCAAGCAACAGCUUGAGAAGGGUGCCAUGGCUAUUAAUGACCUCCAUAUGGACAAGAAGGAGUUAGAUAAAAAGGUUAAAGAUCUGCAGGAGAAACUAGUUGAUCUCCAAAAGGCUAAAUCAGAUGUUGUGAAGGAAAAACGAGCAUUAGAAAAAGAUAAGCGUAAUUUAGAAAAGUCCUGUAAAACUUUAGAACAGAAGUUGAACACAAGUCGGGAGGAGUUGUGGAAUGUAAGCCAAACUGCUGUUGAUGUGAAUUCACAUGAUACACUGAAGAAUGAAUUAAAACAUUUGAAAUCUCAAUUAAAUGAUAGUCUAGUAGCAUCUGAUAAUUACCAGGGAAAGAUAGAAGCUCUUGAGAAAGACAUGAACCAAAUGGAACUGAGUAUGAAGUUAACAGAGUCCGAAAAAUCAGAUAUCGAAGAAAAGUUAAACAAUUCUGAGAGUCAAGUUGAAUCCUUAACCAAAGAGAUCGCUGAACUUCGUGAUUCCAAACUACAAGAUUUGAAUACACAAAUCGAAGCCUUGAAAACAGAGAAAGAAUAUCUAAAGAAAGAACUUGAGGAUGUUGAAGAGAAAAUGCAUGAUCAAAAGGUACAUUAUGAUAAAUACAUUAAGACAUUGACUGAAAGCCGAGAAAUGAAUGCUGACAAUCUGCAAGUUGAGCAUGAUAAACUGAUGAAGCAGAGUCACCAACAAGAUGUAGCAAUGUCGGAUAUCAAAACCAGAUUUGAACAGUUGGAAGAAGAACUUGUUGAGAGUAAAGAGAUGCUUCAGUCUACCUUAGAUGGACAACAACCACUGAAAGAAGCUCUCGAUGAACAAAAUGAAGAACUGAGAUUACUGAAAGCUGAUAAUUCAAAAUAUCAUCAGAAGACGACUGACAUGACGAAUCAGCUCCAGAAGCAAGCGGAUGAAUUGAAGGAGUUCCACGAAAAGGAGAAACAACGUUUGAAUUUAUUGGAGGACAAUCACCGUCUAAAUGAUCAAGUUUCAAGUUUGAAAGUGCAGUUAGAUUCGGAUAAAAUAGAAUCCCAGACUUUAGAUGUAAUAACAGAUUUAGAGUCUGAAAUCACAUCCCUUCAGAACCAAAUUACUCAACACAAAACUGAAAUUACAAAGUUGAACACAGAUCUUAUGAAAAAUGACUCUGAAAUUAACAGACUUCAACAAAUUGUCAAAGAUCAGAGUACAAAGCUUAAGAAUCAAGAAAAAGUCAUAAAAGAUUAUAGCCAAGACUUAGAAAAUCAACAUAAUAUCUCAGAUCAACAACAGCAAAGUUUAACUGAACAGAAAAUCAAAUUAGAAGAAUUAUCUGAAAAUGAAACUAAAUUAAAGAAAGAACUUCAAGAUAUGAAAGAUGAGUUGACCGACAUGGAGACUAGUAUUGUGAAAGAGAGGCUGAAUGGAAGCCUCGUGAACGAGAACCGUCUGCAAAAUGGAGAUGUAGAGGAAAAUGGACACGAUGAUGAAUUUAUCAUCCCAAGAACAAAGGAGGUAAUGUUUACCCAGGAACAAAUGCGUGAAAGUAUUGCGAGUAAGGACAGCAUUAUAUCAGACCUCCAGGAGAACAAUAACUCACUACUGAAAAUGCUUGAAAACCAAUCAUUGGGGAAUUAUGGGAGCAGGGUACUUGUGGACGUCCACAAACUUCAGUCUCAGGUGCGAACUCUUCAAACAGAGAAGGAACAGAUAAUGGCGAUUCUGAGCGAAAAGACACGAGAGGCUAGUACACUAAAAAGCGAAGUUCACAGACUCAUGAGUGUGAUUUCUGCCGAGAAAUCAGCAAUCGCGAAGCUUCAACAAGACAAUACAGAGCUCACUAAAAAACGUGAGAAUCCAAAUGAGGACAUGCACAAAGAAACGGUUCAAAAAUUAUCUACCAUGAUUCGGGAUAAAGACAUGGAAAUAGAAGCAUUAACUCAGAAAAAUCACACUCUAUUACAGGUGCUACAAGACAGUUCUAACGAUGGAACACAUAUCAACAAUCUAGUUCAUGAAAAGGAGAAUCUUGCAAAACAGCUUCAGAUGUAUAUUAACGAUCGUGAACAUCUCGUUGCUGCUGUCAAUCAAAAACACCAGGAGAGUCUAGCAUAUCAUAAUGAAAGUCAAAAAUUGAAUGCUUCGUUAAUUGAGGACAUCGCCAAACGGGAAAAACUAGAACAAGAACAUUCCAAAUUGAUGCAAGAGUUUGAAGAAAAACAAAAAGCGUAUUUAAAAACUCAAAAUGAACUUGUGAAUUAUAAACAAAAGUUUACCGAAUUGGACAACAAAUAUACAGAGAGUAAACAAAAAAGUGAUUCCACCUCUCAACCAAUUGCAGUAGAUUUAAAUAACACCGUAGAGCUUUCAGUGUUCGAGGAAAAAUGUCAAGAAGUCGACCAUUUAGCUAAAGAAAUAACAACGUUAAACCAGUCGAUAAACGAAAAAGAAAUAACAAUUGAUAAAAUGAAUGCCCAGAUGACUGAAAGUAACGCCAAAUUGAACUCUAGUCAAAACACUAUCACCACCAAAGAUACAGAAAUCUCAAAUCUAAAACGUGAAAUUGACAAUACAGCAUUCCAACUUCAAACUGUCAAAAAUGAAAUGAAUGAUGCCUUACGUGAUAAACAAAACCUUGAACAACACAUCCAGGAGUUGACGUCUGAGAACACAUUUUUAAAAGAGAGCCAAACACGACUAACAAUGUCUAAUCGUGAGAAAGACUUUGAGGUAGAAUCGCUGAAGGAAAAGGCUGCGACACUCACAGCGCUCGUGACGGAGAAAGAUGGGGCGCGUGGUGAAACGGAGAGACUCCUAGUUGAGAGUGAGGCCAUGCAGACUCAAGCGAAGACGUUCCAACACGAGAGGGACCAAGUGAUGUUAGCUCUGCAGCAGCGGGAACAAGAAAUACAACAGCUCAAUGCACAGCUUGCCAUUGGUCUUGAAAGGGAGGCUAAACUAGAAAAGAAACUAGAGCGACUUCAAGGUCACUUGAUUCAGAUAGAAGAAGCCUACACCAGGGAAGCCCUCGAUUCAGAGGAGAGGGAGAAGGAACUGAGGAAUAAACUCCUAGAAGCGGAGGAACGAGCCAAUUCGCAGUCAAAUGCUGUACAAACUGCAAGCGAGCAUGCCAGCCACCAAGUGAGCAACAUGGAAAAGCAGCUUCAUGCUAUGGCUGAGCAGAGAGAUGCAAGUAUGCUGCAGCUUGCCACAACCCAGGAACAGCUGCAGCAAUAUGCAGCUGCACUCAACAAUCUGCAGAUGGUCCUGGAACAGUUCCAAAUGGAAAAACAAGCGAUGGAGGCGGCCUCUAGUGAGAAACACCAACAAGAACUCUCUGCAGCAAAACUUGUUGAACAACAGCUGCGGGCACAGCUGAAUAACAUGGAGAUCCAGUUGCAAGAGACCACAAGUGCUUUGGAAGCAGCAGAGAGACUCAGUGAACAACUUGACAGAAAGGAAGAUGUCAUACGUGCGCUCAAAGAAGAAGUUCUGCUGAGGGAGGCCGCUUGUACCAAGGCAGAGGAGGAGCUUCAGAAACUUUUGUCUGUCAAUCAGGAUAGGGUCGACAAAAUUGUGAUUAAAAAUCUGUUUGUUGGUUACUUUGGUGCUGGAUACGGAAAACGCAACGAUGUUCUGAAGCUGAUUAGUAACGUACUGGACUUCACACAUGAAGAUAAUGAAAAGGUUGGUUUAGAGCAGCCUCCUGGAGCAAGUAAAUGGUUGCCAGGCUUCCUGAGGGGUACUACCCCCACACCUCCCUCCACCCCCAGGGCUACCAAGAAGCCGGAUCCUAAUGGGUCAUUUUCACAACUUUUUGUGAAAUUCCUGGAAGUUGAGUCAACACCUACAAAGGUACCAACGCUUCCAGCCGAAGAAAUGGCCAAAGAGGAAUUACAAAAACAAAAAACUCCAUUUAACCCAUUCUCUGCGACAAGCACUCCUCAGGGGUAUCGGCAUACCCAGGGGGAGCACCCCCAGGGGCCAGGGUUUAAUCCAUUUUCUGCUGCGAGGCACGCAAGUGUGCCGCUUCAAACAACACUCCAACUUGGUGAUAAGGCAAAACCAGAGACUAUGUCUACGUCAUUACUAGGGGGCGCUCAAGACAGUUCACAUUUAUUGAUGCAACCACCAGCACCCUCUAUGCCCAUGUUCGGCUCAUUAACUCUUCCUUCGAAUGAAUCUACCGCUCCUGGGAAUAAAACUAACUCUGGGAGGAAUACUCCUUCGAACAUACUAAAAGAUGUUUUACAGACUGACACGAGUAAAACGUAGCAUUUAGAAUAGUGAGCUAAGAAUAUAAUCCUUAAUAUUAUUUAUUCACCUGUUUGAGUUGAUCAUUGUCCUUUCCAAUUCAAGCCAUUAUUUAUCAAUACAAUUAAAUAUCAAUACAAUUAUACAUUGUAUGGAUACAAUUAUCCAUAACAAUACAAUUAUACAUUGUAUGGAUACAAUUAUCCAUAUCAAUACAAUUUUACAUUGUAUCGACAAUUCUGAACAGAGGCUUCACAAGGGA